AUGGUCUCCUCUCGCGGCCUGACCAAGUCCAACUCCUCGGACUCGACUCCCCUGCUGGGAUUCGGCGGGUCAACCUCUGCCUCACCGGCCCUGCGAUCGUCCUUCUUCCCGUCAACCACCUCUCUCGGGUCAUCGGGCCUCUCCUCCUCGACGACACAGCUCCCCUCGUCCGCGGCCGCGGCUGCGGCGGCAGGCGGUCCCAAUGCCGGCGCUGCCGCCGGCGGGACCCAUCUCAGCUCGAAGGACGCCCGCGUGGACAAGAAAAUCCGUCGCGGGGGCGUCUACCUGUCCAUUUUGCUGGUUCGCUCGGACGACGAGCGCAUUUUGACCAACACAUCCACCGGCCUGCUGCCCACGGUGAAGAUCUGCGGCGACCACCCGCAUCCCGACCAGCUGGACUCGGCCAGCGCGGAGUCCCAUUGGAUGCUUCGUCUGUCCAAGGACUGGGAGGCCCCGGUGCGCUCGGUGUCGGCAUAUUCGAAUGCGGAAUUCCGGUGUCCGGCGCUGGUGGAACGCAUGGCCCGGUCGGCCAGCCGGUCCUCCGAGGAUGCAUCUUCCUCCCUGGGCCCGAAGCCCCCCGUGGCCAGCGAGGCGGCGGCCUCGUUCGGCAUUUCGGCCGACGCCCCGGUCCCCCGGCAGCCGGCCAUGGAUGCCGAGCCACUCGACUCGGCCUCCACCCAGUCUCUCUUCGGGUCAACCUCGUCGCUCGGCAGCGCCAGCGCCAGCGGCGACGGCAGUGGCCGGCACUCGGCCACCGACGAGGAAGAUGACGAUGACACCCCCUCGAUGGCGUCCAUCGCCGAUCGCCGGGUGGUAUCGCUGUCGCCGCUGGACGUGCCUUUGGAAGGCACCGGGGCAGCCGGGCCGUGGCGCGGGGGCCCAGCCUUCGGCGGUCGGUCCCUUUCCGGGACGCUGCUGCCGGACGGUGCGGGCCCCGGGGCCGCGGCGGCGGCGGCCGCCGCCGCCGCCGCCGCAGCCACCGGGCCAUCCUCGCGUACCCUGUCGCCCCUCGGCGGGGAAGGCCUCUCGGGGACCGCCUCGCCGCUGACUCGCAGCACCUCGUCUCUGGGGAUGAGCGGGGCCCCGGUCUUCUCGCCGCGCUCGGCCCAGCGGCGCCUGUCCAGCCCGCGCUUGCCCUCCUCCCCGGGCCCGGCUGGAUCCGGCCCCGGGACCGGGGGAUUCUUCGCCGCGAGCCCGGUUCGGUCACCCUCCUUCGUGCUGGCCUCCCCCGCGCAGGAUGGCGGCCCGCGGCCGAUGAUGCGUCAAACAUCCAGCAUGUCCCUGACCGAGGCCCUCGGCACCUCCUCCAUGUCCCUGAAUGCCAUCCUUGGCGGCGGGCCGCUGAGCAUGUCGGGCGAACUGGGCGACUCGGCUGAGUCGCUUUUUGUGCCAGAGACGUCGGCUGCGCUGGACUUCGCACAAAAGGCCGCCCCGGCAUUUGAGCGCCUCUGCCUCGGGCUUGGCCUGUCACACUUGGGGUACUUCUGUCCGGAGCCCUUCCAUCUGAUCCACAAGAAUGCCACAGUCUACAUGUUUGUCCGCCGGGUGGCCGACCCAGACGCGUACCUGCGACAGCUGGAGGCACACCGGCGCUCGGGGCACCUGAAGUGGCGAGCCAUCGGCCGGCUGUCGCAUCGUGCUCUGAGCCCGGACCAGCUCCUGUGUGAGUCGGCCUUGCGGCAUCGGGCGGCGGCGGCGGCCGCCGCGGUCGCCGCCGCCGCCCCCCGCGGCGUCGGAGUCGGCCAUCCGUCACACGGACCGGGCUCCGUCGGCAGCGGCGCCUCGUCCUCCUCCUCUUCCUCGUCGGCGGCCGACCACCGUGGAUAUGGCUUGCAGAUGUUCGGCCAAGUGGGGUCCCGUUCGCCCGGGCUCACGCCGCAGGGCCAGCUGGCGCACAUGUCGGCUGCCGAUGCCACACGGGCCGCCGAGCUGUCGGCAUCCAUGCCGCUCUACCUGCGGCCGAUGGACCAGAUCACGGCCGGGUGCGCGGUCUCCUCUGACGGCCUGUACGAUCCGACGUGGCCUUUGUGGUCGGAGCACUCGCAAUUGAGCACGAGUGCCCUGCGUCGGCUGCCGGCCGGCCUCUAUGUGGGGCUGCUGCUGCAUGGCGCGGGGAUGGUCUCCUCAACCGGGUUCUUCCCCGUUCAAUCGAUGACGGUCUUCGUGCCGCGCUACCACCGGGAGAUGAUUCCGGUGAUUCGGGUGCGCGAUGAGGCGCGCAUCACCCCGGCCGAGUGGGACUGCACCACCUCCGGCCGGUACCCGCAUGACGCCGCGUCGGAUGCGCGCCUCGGCGCGCAUGCGGCCUCCAUGAUGGACCUCAGCGCUCUGACCGCCGGGGGCGCGGGCUCCGGGAGCCCGGGCUCCGCCUCGCUCGAUGAGUAUGCCCUGCAGUUGGCUCGGGCCGUGCGCCGGCUUCAGCGCCUGACCGGGAUCUACUUCGACCCGCAGCGAGCCCUCUACUCGCCGGGCCCGGUGGAUGUCGACACGUCGGGUGUGCUGGCCGCCAUGUCCGGUGGCAGCGCCGCCAACGCCGGAUCCAACAGCCCGGAGCUUGGUGGCGCCGGGACCAUGCAUUCGCCUGCUUCGGGGGCCUCCUCCUCUCCGGGGACCGGUGGCCCGGGGGGGACCCGGCCAGCCAGCAUCUCGGUCCCCGGUGGCGAUCACCAUCCCCCCUCGUGCAUUGGCUGCCCGAGUUGCGGCCGUGUCCGGGUGAUCCUCUUCAUCCAGGAGGCCACGCGCGAGAUGCAACUCCCGGCGGCGGCCCCUGCGCCCGGGGCAGGCUCGGCACCCGGUGGCCUGGCCGGUGCCAACUCCCUGCCGACAUCCCGGAGCCCGGGCGCUGGUGGCCCCAACCACACGCUGCUCUACAGCGAUGAGGAGGAGGCCCCCUCGGGGUCGGAUGUGUCGGCCACCGGGCCGGGCCUCGGGUUGUCGGGGCUCGCGCCAUCGCACCGUCGUCGCCAGGUCCCCGCGUCGCACAUCAGCCCGGACUUGGUGCCUGUGCCGCUGGCUCUUUUCGAAAUCGCCCACCAGCAUGUGUAUCGCCAUAUGCAGUUUACCCCCCUGCGCCGGGCCACCAUUCGCCUGGAGUUGGCCAUUCAUGGGCUCAACCAGCGCCUGUUGAGCUUGGGUCAGAAGCCGCCGGCUGGGGCUUCCUCAAGUGCGGUCGAGCGCUUCCACACCGAGCGCGAGGCCCUGCUCGGCCGUCUGGGAGCCCUGCGCGAGGAGUUGGCCUCGCAUCGGGAUGCCUGGCGUACAUGCCAGUCGGCUUCCUUGUCGCCCUCGGAGGAGAGCACCGGCGGGGCACAGGCCGCCCUCACGGUGACCGGGGCCUCCGGCGGGACCACGGUCUACCCCCGGUCGAUGGCCAUCGACCGGUCAGCCACCGCCAGCAGCCUGGAUCUCUCCGCCCCGCCGGCCGAUGUCCCGAGCGAGGCUGCCCUGGCUGAUGCUUCCUUCUCCGGGGUCAGCUGGUCUUUGCGAGCGCUCGACUGGGAGCGUGACCGAGUUUGGAAGGAGAGCGGCUUCGGCUCACUGUCUCACCCGAUGCUUCAUUAGUUGCUGUCGGUCCGAGUGCGUGAGCCUGUGCGUGUGCGUGUGCGUGUG